GCUACAGCCCAGAUCACCCAGAACCCAUGGCUCAACUUUCUGCCCAAAGCCGCACAAAGCUGAUGGCCCUACAGCUGCUGCUUUGGCACAGCACACUGUGGUCGGGACAGGAGGCCAUUCCCCUGGUCUCCGUCAGCCCUCUGCCAUCAUCCCCGCCUUUGCCCCGGACCUUCCUGCUGAAGUCCUUGGAGCAAGUGAGGAAGAUUCAGGCCAGGAACUUGGUGCUGCUGGAGCAGCUGGUGAGUGAGUGUGCCACCUACAAGCUGUGCCACCCCGAGGAACUGGUGCUGCUCGGCCACUCUCUGGGUAUCGUGCAGGCUCCCCUGAGUGGCUGCUCCAGCCAGGCCUUGCAGCUGACAAAGUGCCUGAGCCAACUUCACAAAGGACUCUUCCUCCACCAAGGCCUCUUGCAGGCCCUGGCAGGCAUUUCCCCUGAGCUGGCCCCCACCUUGGACAUGCUGCAGCUAGAUGCUGCCAACUUUGCCACCACCAUCUGGCAGCAGAUGGAAAGCCUGGGGGUGGCCCCUGCUGCGCAGCCCACCCAGAGCACCAGGCCAACCUUCACGUCUGCCUUCCAGCGACGGGCGGGAGGCGUCCUGACCACUUGGUACCUGCAGAGCUUCCUGGAGGUGGCUCACUCUGCUCUGCAGCACUUGACCUCGCCCUGAGCAAAG